AAAAAGUUGGUGGUGUACUGGUGCUGCUGCUGCAGCUGCUAGUAGCUCUUGCAAGGCAAUGAAUGCAACCUCCCCCUCAUCAUGAUGCACUGCAUUUAGUGGCUCUUGAAACACUUGCAAGGGGUUUGGUGAGAGGAGCUAGGGUGUGAGUGGUCUCUGCAUCUGAGUUUCUUCCCCCCAUCUGGAAAUCGAGCUAGGCUCGUUCUCCUGUUUGUGGCUGUAGAUUUCGAGAGCUAUUCCAGCACAUCCCGUCCCAUUUCGUUUCACCAGUUGGUUCGAGCAUUGUUCUUGCUGUUCGACAGCUCAAGAGGGAGAAAAAGUGGGGUCAAAUCUUUUGUAUUCCGCUGCUUUCUUUCUUUGCGUUAUUUGAUGCUGUGCUCUUUUCUUUAAUUUGAGUUCUUGAUCCUGCCAAAAGUGAAAGCCCUCACCUUUGCAACAAAGUUGUGGGGGUGUCCUCGCAUUUCAACCCCUCACCAAUCCCUCCCACUCCAGAGCUCCAAUCUCUACCUGCAAUUUCCCCACCUCCAAAUCCGUUUCCCUCCCAAAAACCUCGAAUUUCCACACCCCUCCACCGCAGCAGUUCUUUAUUCAUUCACCCAGACCCAGUUAUCCAAUGACCCAGUUUUCCCUCCCGAAACUACAGUUUUCCUGCAUUUGUCGGUCCAAGAACACAACGAAAUCUCCCCAUCUCCCACGGAAAUCUCGGGGUUUUCGCCGCUCAAUGCCUCAGACUGCUCGUUGAUUCAGAUCGCCGUCGGAAAGCUGUGAUUUUUCCGCCCAGGAGCGGCGGUUUCUCGAUCAGAGGCCCAUGCAUCUAUCGCUAUGGAAGCCGCUCUCCCACUGCGCUGCCGUUCUCCUCGCCAAGAACCACCGGCGUCGCGGCGGCGGGGGCGGCGGGCACGGUGGCCCUGGUAGCAACGGCCACCGUGACGACCCGUCCUCAUUCCUCCGGCAGCUGCGGGACACACUGGACGCGGCAUCGGAGGACGGCUCCCUCUACCCGCUGCCGGACGCCGCCGGAGCCGAUGCGGACGCCGCUGUGUCCCGCUCCCGCUCCCUGGCGCGCCUGCGCGCGCAGCGGGACUUCCUGCGCGCCACCGCCCUCGCCGCCGCCGCUGGGCCGUUCCGGUCGCUCUCCGACCUCCCGUUGCUCUCCCACGCCAUCGCCACCUUCCUCGCCAUGUACCCGGACUAUGCUUCAACCGCCGAUGUCGACCGUCUUCGAGUCGACCAUUACUCCCACCUCGACGCACCUGGUGCCGGCAGGGUCUGCCUAGAUUACUGCGGCUUCGGCCUCUUCGACUCUAGCUGGGAUUCUUCUUCAUCGUCCUUUACAUUGCACGGGCUCAAUGCCAAUUUGAGCAACCAUGCGCUCUAUGGCGGUGCAGAGCCCGGCACCGUGGAGAAUGAUAUCAAAGAGCGCAUCUUGGAGUACCUCAAUGUGCCAGCCAGUGAGUAUGCGCUGGUUUUCACAGUGAGCCGAGGGUCAGCAUUUCGGUUGCUUGCUGAAUGCUACCCCUUUGAGACCAACCGCAGGCUGCUGACCAUGUUCGACCAUGAGAGCCAGUCAGUCAACUGGAUGGCGCAAAGUGCACGGGCAAAGGGUGCCAAGACGCGCACUGCGUGGUUCCGUUGGCCAACACUGAAGCUCUGCUCGACGGAGCUGCGGAAGGAGAUUGUGGGCAAGAAGAAGGGGCGGCGACGGGAUGCUGCAGUUGGGUUGUUUGUUUUCCCUGCGCAGUCUCGGGUGACUGGUGCCAAGUACUCCUACCAGUGGAUGGCACUGGCACAACAGAAUGGGUGGCAUGUGAUGCUUGAUGCCGGUGCACUUGGUCCCAAGGACAUGGAUUCGCUGGGGCUCUCGCUGUUUCGGCCAGACUUCAUUAUAACUUCAUUCUACAGGGUGUUUGGUGCAGACCCGACUGGGUUUGGUUGCCUUCUAAUCAAGAAGUCGGUGAUUGGGAGCUUACAGGGGAGAAAUGGGUGUAAUGCGUCAGGGAUGGUGAGGAUUGUUCCUGUGUUUCCACAGUAUCUCAGUGACUCAGUUGAUGGAUUUGAUGCAUUUGAUGAGCUUGAAGAUGACUCGGGCAUUAACAAAGAUGAAAAGACAGCUUCUAAUGCUCAAAAUGGGUCGCAUCUGCCAGCAUUUUCAGGUGUCUACACGUCUGCUCAGGUUAGAGAGACUUUUGAGAAUGAUCCUGGUCAUGACAGCAGCUCGGAUAGGGAUGGGGCAAGCACCAUCUUUGAGGAAACUGAGAGCAUCUCGAUGGGUGAGGUCAUGAGGAGUCCAGCAUUCAGUGAGGACUGUUCAUCAGAAAACUCUUUCUGGGUUGAUGUUGGCCAGAGCCCGUUGGGGUCAGAGAAAUCUGGCCAAUUCAAGAAAGGGAAGCUGGGAUCACCAUUACCGUCUUCUUGGUUUAGCGGAAGAAAGUGUAACAAGCGGAUGUCACCAAACUUAACCUCCAGAAUAUCGAGAAGCCCACUUUAUGAUGGUAAUGUGAUUUCUUUUGAUGCAGUUGUGCUAUCAGUAUCUCAAGAUGCAGACUGCCUCAAGGAAGACCCUGAAGAAGAAUUUUUUGAGAAUAGUCGGAGAACUCAUUUCAGGCAGGUUAGUGAGAUCCAAGAGGAGCCCGAUGUCGAAGAUGUAGCAUGCCAACAUGGUAUGAAUGGGGGUGCAGAGCACAAAGAAAGUGCUAUAAGGAGGGAGACUGAAGGGGAGUUCCGGCUGCUGGGAGGGAGGGAUGGCAACAACAGAUUUACUGGGGGGCGACUCUUUGGUGUUGAAAACAUCGGUGGAGAUUUAAGCAUGGGGCGCAGAGUUUCAUUCAGCACAGAGGCUAAUAUUAUUGCUGACAGGAUGAACCGGGCUUUGGAUGCUGCUGAAGCUUCUGGAUAUACAUUCCGUGAUGAUGAUGGUUAUGCAACUGAUGGAUGUGAUGAUGCUCAGGAUUGGGGCAGGAGGGAGCCAGAGAUAAUUUGCAGGCACAUUGAUCAUGUUGAUAUGAUGGGGCUCAACAGAAUUACUCUUAGAUUAAGAUACUUGAUCAAUUGGCUAGUAACUUCACUUUUGCAGCUAAAGUUGCCAGACUCUAAAGGUGGUGACGGACUCCCUCUUGUACACAUCUAUGGUCCCAAGAUUAAGUAUGAAAGGGGAGCAGCUGUUGCUUUUAAUGUGAAGCAAAGUGAUGGAGCAUUUGUUAAUGCUGAAGUUGUUCAAAAGAUUGCUGAGAGAAAUGGUAUAUCUGUUGGCAUUGGUUUUCUCAGUCAUAUAAAAUUAGAUAUGAACCAAAAACAGUUAAAUGGCGUGCUCGAUAUACCUGAGGCUUCCUUUUAUAAGAAUGGACGCAGAGACAAUAAAAAGGUGACUGUAAGAGUUGAAGUCGUGACUGCUUCACUUGGCUUCCUUACUAACUUUGAAGAUGUUUACAAGAUGUGGGCUUUUGUUGCCAAGUUCUUAGAUCCUUCAUUUCUUGAAAGUGAGCUCCUUACCAUUUCUGCUGACCACUCGGAAGGACAAACUUGAGCAUGACAUGUAACAUAGCAACCACCACCAAACAAAUGAGAGGAAGGGCGUAUAGGAAUUCAGAAAAGUCAAACUUCACAAGAUUGACUGACAGUUAGUAAAAUUGUAAAAGACUUCUCCAAUUCCAAGUACUCCUUAUCCAAAAAAAGAUCGCAUGAAGUGAACCCAAAAACUUAAAAUGCUUUUCAAUUUUCUUCCAAUCAGCAUCUUAUGCUUCUUAAUCCGAAGAGUACAUGUUUGUUUCUUAAUAGUAAAACUAUCCGGCUGGGUUUGAAGUUCAUGCGCAGUACACUGUUAUCACAUAUUACCUGUGUUCUAUUGUGCCAUUUAAAUUUUCUGUUAUCUCAAAGAGAAGGUUGUUUUUUAAUGUUAAUUUUUUGUUGCUGUGAAAAUGAAAUGCCUUGCUAACUAUAUUUUAAGAAGUGUUAGAAAUCAAAUGCUGCUGUUUCUGCUGCCUGGGACCAUCUUUGUUCAAUGUUGUCCUAUCGGUCUAUGGCAUACACAUUUAGGAUCCUGUCUGAAAUUGCUAUGAUCUCAUAAUAAAUGGAGAAGGUCCUAUACAACCAUAGCAAUAUAAUGAGAUCGAAAAACAGCAAGACCAUUAUUCUUACCUGACCAGGUCUUGCUGUUUCUGACCUGAUUUUUGACCUGUCAUCGUCAUGCUAUGCCUUACAUUGUUUGCUCAUUUUGACAGCCUGAGAUGCUGGAAUCUCCUUGAGGAUAUCUUCAAAUUUAAUACAUCAAAUCUCCUAUAAUUGUUCAAUUUUUUGAAAGCAGAGAGGUUAUUCUAUUUUCAAGAUCUGGUAGAAAGCCCUGGUGAUUUUUAUCAGGAUCUGAUUAGACCUGGUGCAUGACGGGCCAUGCCCUUUGUUCAGUCAAUUUUAGUCAGUACAAAGUGAACUGGUCCUUCAGUCUGGAUGGCAGCAAUUUGCCAGCGCUUAUGAUCUUGAAGAGGGGGAUUUCUUAGUGUUCACUUAUAGUGGGCACUCCCACUCAAAGUUCGAAUCCUCGAUCUAAGCUCUUUCUCAAAAGAGCUUAGAUCGAGGUAACCAGUUUUCCUUAUGUGCAAAAAAGAGCUUUCCUGUGAUGUGAUGGACAACACUCCUUAUGUGCAAAAAAGGAGUAGUCUCAUCAUAAUUACAUGGAAUCACCGAUGAAAGAACGGAAGUUUGGCAAAAUAUUGCGGUGAUUAUCUCUAUCUACAGGAGGAAAACCCCAAAGAUGAACCCAACAGGCUCCCCUUGGCAUAAAUCAGUCAAGAGCCCAUGAGUUCAGGUGGACGUUGGACACCCACCCGCUAUCACUAUGUCCCAGCAACAGGAUGCAGUUGGACUACACAAUAGAAGGGAGUGUUGUCAUGCUUGAGCAAAAACUUAGAGCAGCUGAAAAUGAUGCAACAUCUUCCAAAGGCAUUCAAGGGCCCAUGAGUUCUGGCGAACAUUGGGCACCCACCCAAUCUCACUGUGUCUUAGCCACAGGGUGCAAUCUGAUUACAGUGUAAAAGGCCAGAGUUUUCAUGCUUGAGCAGAAACUUAGGCACCGCAUUCGAUUGUAUGUCACAAACUUGAACAAGACAAGUCAAGUCUGUCUGAUAGAUUUCUGGUAACUGAUAAUUGACAAGGAUUAUGCUGUCAAGCAUCUUUCACAUGAAUAUCAGAUCAUCACACUUUGCCAUCGUAGCAACAUCAGGAAAUGGCAUGCCAGUUUCAAGUUCAACACAGAUGGUACACGCAUUCUUCUAUUGGCUUAUCAGACUUUUUUCAUGAUAAUGGGUUGCAAGAAGGUGAUAUUUAUAUAUCUGAAGCAUCUAAGAGGCCAGACAAGGACCACAAUGACCGUUAAUCUUCUUAAAAGAUACCGUCCAUCAGUUUCUGAAGAGUGCUGCUACACUAACAACACAUUUGUACAACUGUGUUACACCAGAAGAUCAAAUGGUCUGAAUUAUAAUUCCAAGGGCUUGGAUUUCCUAGCUGUAUCACCGUUUGACAAAUGGAUUGUUUGUGAAGCGUGAGUGUGGGCUUGAAAAAAUACUGGCUGUAAAGUAUCUCCCACACGAAGAGCAACCGCUGAUGCUCCGAAGGCGUAAGAAGGGCGCUGCUCAUACUAAAGAGUGGGAAGCUAAACUCUUGAUCAGAGCGAUGGGUUGUAUCAUCUUGGUGGAUGCUGGAAUCAGUUCAUCAAAGACAAACACGCUGCGAUAGUGCCUGUUUGAACUGCUGAAGGAGAAGAGGCUCACCAUGUAUGUCCAUAUUAUCCAUGAUCCUGCAAAAAAAAUGAAGCGCAGUUGAUCGGGGUAGGCAUGAACCCUGUAGUAAUGCUUUUGUGAUGCAACUUGUCAUCCUUGUGGUUCUUCUCUCUUGCAAGCUUUGGCAAGGAACUUGUGUCCCUGACCCUAUUAUUUUGAACUUUCUAAUCACUCCCGGUCCAUGCUGCCACCACAAAGAUUUCUGGAAUAUUUUCCCCAAAUGGUCAACGGUUAUUAAUAUUCUUUAUAGUUUUCAUUAAAAUCCAAGGGUUUUCUAGUCUUUACUAGACAUUUUCUCAGAGUUAUCUACUAAGUGGACAUUUUUUUUUGAAUUGCUGUUUCUUUGCUUUCGCCCUCGGGGAUGUGCAAAUCGGACUACACAUCCAUUGGUCACUUGAGGAAAGCUGUGAAGAAUACAACCAUUGGCCAUUUAUAGAUAAAAACACUUGUGAAUUCUUAAGUAUUUUAUGUGCCCGCAAUUGAUUUGGUAAUUGAGGAGAAAUACCAUGCUUUCUUCCAUAUCUAGAUCCCAUAACUAUAGGGGGUCCUUUUAUGGUGCUUGCGAAGUUACCAUGGGUUAUAGAUGAAGGAAUGGGAUUGGCUCCAAAUGCAUUUUUACUCAAUGCUUAGAUGAGGAUUUUAUUAGUUCUGUUGAAAGUGAAAACAGGUCAUCAUAUAUUCAUGUGUUUGAAGUCUAUGGCAGAAGCCCUGGAUGAUUCUUAUCUGAUGAGAGUUGUCAUGCCUUGCUUCUAACUCAAUUGGCAGCCAGAGGUGCUGAAGAAUCUCGAUCUCCCCAA